AGUGGAGGGUGCGGAGUUGAGAGUAUUUCUUAGACUAAACCCUGUCCUCUGGUCGUACUUUACCAGUUUUGUUCAGCUCGCUGGCUAGCUGGUGCACAUCGAGAAGACGAGAACUAAGAGAUCCAGAUCGAUAUCAAUAUCGCGAAGAUGGUAGUGAAAGUUUAUGGUCCAGUUAGGGCAGCCUGCCCCCAGAGGGUGAUGGUUUGUCUUUUGGAGAAAGGAGUUGAGUUUGAGGUUGUGCAUGUUGAUCUUCAAGCAGGAGAGCAGAAGCAACCUCACAUUCUUGCCCGACAGCCGUUUGGGCAAGUUCCAGCAAUUGAAGAUGGCAAUUUCAAGCUUUUUGAAUCUAGAGCUAUCGUGAGGUACUAUGCAGCCAAGUACGCAGACCGUGGCCCUAACCUGCUGGGAACAACACUGGAGGAGAAGGCUCUGGUGGAUCAAUGGCUUGAAGUCGAAUCACACAACUUCAACGACUUGGUUUAUGCUGUGGUGCUUCAACUUGUGGUCCUUCCCAGUAUGGGCGAAACUAGCGACUUGGCAUUGGUGCGCGCUUGUGAAGAAAAACUGAAAAAGGUAUUCGAUGUGUACGAGGAGAGACUAUCCAAGAGCACCUAUCUGGCCGGACGCUCCUUCACUUUGGCUGAUCUGAGCCAUCUUCCAGCGAUUCGGUUUCUGAUGGACGAGGUCAAAAUGGGACAUUUGGUCACGGAGAGGAAGAAUGUGACUGCUUGGUGGGAAAAAAUUUCGAACAGGCCUGCAUGGAAGAAACUCAUGAGGCUUGCUCAAUACUAGCUAGCUAGCU